AUGUGCCCUUGUAGUGCCUCGAAUAUCUUCGGUAUUGAAGGAACAGAAUCUCGAUCCAACAACCACGACUUGCUACUUGGUAAUCGCGCGGCCGUUAACCCUGGUGCCAUUGUAUCGCGUCAACCUAGUACUGGCAGUUUGGUCACAAUAUAUAUCCAGGUUGUUGAUGCCAGCCCGACAAAUACUUCCCACAAACGCCAUGUUCCUGAUCCUUCUCUUCCCAGCAGAACGUUGUAUACCCGCUGGUAUUCAUCCGAGCGUGCUCCAUGGGAGAUUGCUACUACCAACGUGCUGUGUGAGCGGAAUCCUUCUACCAACAAUAAUCCUGCAUUCAUCCGCAAGGUCAUGGAGGCGAACCCGAUCGUGAAGGCUGCUGUUUAA